ACACACCGAGAAAACCUUAGAAAGUUUGUCCCUGUUCUACCGAGCGUGUUACAUUUUUUGAUGAAAACAAGAAUCGGAUUUUUUGUUCCGAGAAUCUUCCGGGAUUAUUUUUUUCCUUCUCUGGACUUUCGUCUUGCUCUUGUACAACAUUUUGUCCACGUUCCUCUGAAGUUCCACCUCUUCGCCUUACCGCCACCACCUCAGCCGUCUUCCUGCUAUCACCUGGUUGCCGAGGUACCUCAGUCGACGUGUGACCCUCUACCAGGGCUGCAAGUUUUCAUGGUUUCGUCGCACGUUCUAUUCACCUUCGUCGUGUCCGUGUUUUACGAUUGCUUUUCUUGUGACCAAAAGACCGAGAGUGACAGGUUCAACGAUAAUUAGAAUUGAAGUACAUGGAGUUUUAAGUGCUUAAAAACACUGAAGGUCGUUCUGAGACCACUGGGGUGCAUCCGCAUUCAUCUCAUCAUUGCAUCCAGGCCGAGUUUACGCUGUAUUAAACGUUCCAUGGAGGAGCAUAAAUGCACGUGAUAAGAACCACGUUGAAACGCGUUAAAAAUUGAGUUUGAAACCGGUUACUGUCAUUGCGUUUGCAAACGAUUCAUUUAAAAACGAAGGAAACCUCGACUACACGAUGAUCUAUUUAUAAUGUUAUCUUCCAUACGUAUAAUUCAAUCGAUGAUCAAGGUAUAAUUAAGUAAAAUUAAAUUGAAUGAAGAUUAAAUUAAUAAAAGAAAAAAAUGAAAGAUUCAUUAAUGAUAAGAAGAGAAAAACAGUAAAGGUAAUAAAGAAACUCCUGCAUUGUUGAAGACUCCGUUAUGGUCUGAACAGCCGUGUCAAACAAGAUCAUACGAGAUGAAACAGAAAAGUUGAGAAGAAACUUUUUAUCAAAGAUCUUAUCAUUUUUUCAAUCGAAAACUUAUGAUAACAAUAAUAAUAUUCACAUACAUAAAACAAAAGAAGAUGGUUACAAGAAAUAUAUAAAAAUUAAGGAGUCCAUAUAAAUAGGUGAAAUAAUAGAAGUUCAUAUAAAGCAUCUAGAAAGCAAGCUAAAUUUAAGGAGAAAUUCUUAAAUAAAAAAAUAAUGAUACAACUAUGAUAAAAGUCCUAGUUGUUAAGAUAAGAAUAGAUUGUGGAUUUUUAUGUAUUUAUGAGAGUGUAUAGAAUAAUAUAAUAUACAAUAAUAUAUAGAAUACCCAAAGUAUAUUACUUACUAUAACAUUUAAUAAGUAAAACAGUUGUCGACAUUUAAAUUUCAUCUUUACAAUUUUAUAUAUAUAUGAAUUUGCAUAAAUAUCAGCAGUCCGCUGAUACAAAUACGCGUACAAUAGUGCAAUAUACCGCGAACAGAAAAAAGGUCAACAAAAAAUUGUUUACUGAAAUAAUUGAUCAGAGACCCUUGAACGAAGUCAAUAAUCACAUUCAUCGAGAUCACAAUGAACCAUUGAUAGAAGUACGUUAACGGAGAAAGAGGUCGAGGAGGAAUGGCAACGAUGAAUAUUAUUACGGUUCCCUCCGGUGUCGUUGGUCAUGAAAAAGCUGAUGAUUCACGAACCUGAUGUGGCCGAAACAACUCUCAGGACUGAAACCCCAAAAACAAGCCAGUUAAAGUGGGUCAUCCCGAUGAACAGUACACACGUUUCUGUUUCGUGUACCAGUCACCGAGUUAGGAGGCGGUCACGGUCACGAACACGCUAAAGACGAAUAUUAUGACCACCGAGGGACCUUGGACGAUGGUCUCAGGUUGCGUUGCGAUCUAUCAACUAGGUGGCGAUCAAUCAGGUUGCAACUGUUCGGUCGAGGUCGUGAACCUUGAAUGAUAUUAACGCUCAAGAUGAAGGUAGAUUAAAGAUGUCUAUUAAGCUUAUGUUUAGUAGGUUUAUUUGAACUUUUUAGUAUGAACGAAAGAGCAUGAACUGUAAAUAACGGAGUUUAAACUUAGGCGAAUGCGUGAUGAAUCUGUUGUCUCUUAAAGCGCCUGGUGCUUAUAUUCUGUCAGUCUAGAGGAUGUGUUUUAGUCAACGUUUCCUAUGAUGUGGAAAUCUGUUUCUGUCCAAUCCUGUAACUGUUGAACUGUCAUGAACAUCCAUGUAUCAGCAUACAUGGUUGAGGAUGCGUAGCGUAACGUCCAAUUGAUGCCAUCGUCCUUUGUCUAUUGUCGAGUUUUAUCGGAUGACGAGGUUUAUGCCACAUUUUUUACUGUUGAGAAGACUCGUCGAGUGCUUAGGAUGCCAAUUAACCUCCCGACGCGGUCCGAGUUGUAAACCUUAUAAUAUGUAGUGUGGAAAAUUCCAAUUUCUCCAAAAAUAGCAGAUAUGCCGUCUAUACUGCAAACUGAGGACCAUCUAAAACCCUGAACAGAUUGUUAAACCUAUUUGAGUUCCAUGCUUUUAUCCACCCACGCAUUAAUAAAGAUGACGGUUCAUUUGCUUCCGACUCUUCCUGCUCUACUUUGUUAACAUCACAAAGUAAUUCUAAUUAUAAAAGAAUAUUAUUUAAUCCCUUUCAUGCUGAUGCUUCUUAAAGGGUUUGUAAGUUUUAAUUAUAGUUUAUUCUUUAGAAAAUGGAAUUUUAUAAUGGAGAUUCAUAAUUUUUUAUGAUUAAUCAAUUUGUGGUUCAUGAGAAGAUUUAUAACAGGGAUGGUACAAAAAUAGAAGUACGUUUGAGUCAAUUUGAUGAAAAUAAUAUAUGGAGUGUCUAGGAAAUGAUAAAAAGUGAUUUUUAAUCACUGUCAGUAUUUCCUUACAAAUAUAAGUUUACUAUAGAAGAUUGUCACUGAAGUAGAGAAAAGAAGAUAUGUUAUUUAAUUGCAAAGAAGUGCCAUAAUUUUCAUCAGUAAUCUGUCGUUUAAUAAAUCUACUAAUAAAAAAAUAAUUAAGAAAAAAAUACAAGAACAGAUGAUAAAGUAAAAAUAUUCAAUCAUCGUCUUAUAAUUAAUAUUUGAUGCUACUAUAAAAUAUUUAAUCACAAAUGUUCUCCAAAAAAGAUGUCCCUGAUGGGUCGGCGGAUGUUCCUCGAGGCACCAGUUCCGUUUCGUCUGUGACAACGAAAGCUUGCUCGAAAGUGCGAGUAACAAAAUGCUAAUGCCAAAUACAGCAAUCGAGAUUGUGGCACAACCUCGACAAAAGCUGCUGGAAUGCUACGGGAAGAGCGCGAGAAAGAGGAAAAGAGAGAGAGGACGAGAGAACCCGUUACGCGUAGGAACGCGAUUCCGCUUGAUGAAAGAUGUAGCAACCUGUUCCUGUUUAUCAUUCUAUUGUGCUGAUGAUUUUCUCCACGGUCAGAGGAUCCGUUAAUUACUGGCCAGAAGCUCAAUGUAUUGUCGACGAUGAACGACUUUGAUUUUCAUUUUGCAAAUAAUUCCUGGCAGUGUCGUCCUAAAUUUCCGGGUCUGACCCGUGGACCCUUCCCUGACAAUUACUGUAAAUUACAAAUUAUUAUCAAUCGCUCUGAAGUGAAUUAUUGAAUUAUUUGAUUAAAAAUACGUCAUUUAGAUGCAAGAAGAAAAGUUGAAUUUCUUUCUGGCAAUUGUGAAAAUGAUUUUAAAUGGAUUAAAAUUUAUUAUUACCUAAUGAAAAAGAAAUAAUUCUAAGUCGAAGAUUGUAGAUGUAGGUAUAUGCAACUGAACGGUUAAUUAAUUAAUUUGCAUUUGUUCGCAUUGUUCUUAUUUGACGAAGGUGAUGCAGACAUCGGUGACGCGUUUACAGUAAUUUCGGUGAUGGUAUGACGCGACAAAUCCGGUGGGCGUAUCAUGAACUGUACGUGUAUCCCGCAUGCACGUUUCACUACCGUGUCCAGAUAUAUUAAAUGUAGGACACAAGGGACGGAACUGUUUUCCGGCCUUUUACUUUACCAUCCGUCAUACUGACAGUUCAGAAAACUAGCAAACAUCGUGGAUAAUUUGAAGUUUCAUAAAUAUGUAUAAUAAUGAAAUGUACUAGAAAAACAGAAACCGAGUAUGUUUUUAAACGCUUACAAUAUUCAUUUCUCUAAUUUGUAUAAGAAAAUGUAGAAUUUCAAUUUACGUAAUUGGAUCAUUACAAAUACUAUGUAUAGAAUAUAAAGUCUAAUUUGAUACUCUAACUUUCUACUAGUAUAAUAAUAUUUUCAUUAAUAAUAGCCAUAAGACAGCUAUAAAUAAGAAUCGUAGAGCCGUAAUAUAUAAAUACAUGCAUUAUAUUAAUAAAUACUAUAUGUAAAUACUAAAUAUAAAUAAGAAAAGCAAGCCAUGACCAACUUUUACCUAUCGCGCGUAUUCUAUAAUUAAAGUUAAUAAAAAUGUAUAAAAAAAUAUUUUCACAUAGAACUAAAAUCCUUUAUUUUAUUACCAAUGUGACACGCUUUCAGGUAUGCGAAGAACAAUGCGAUUCGGUCCAUGGAUACUAAUGGUCACAUUGGCCUGCGUGACGGGCACCUUGUCGGAGUAUUUGAUGGGAGGCCAUAUGGACAACAGUCCGCCAAAGUCCUUACUGGAGGAGAUGGAAUCUUCUCCAAGUUUGGCAAGGACGGCGCAGCUGGGUGACCUUGACCUGGAUCUCGAUGCAGAGGAGAGCACCGCUGCGCUGUCGACGUCGGACGACGAAGAAGCGCCGCGUUAUCAUCUUCCGUAUCCUUUCGCCUUCAACGGUGGCAGACCGUUUUCGCUCGAGAAGGAUCCUAUCACCGGUAAAAUUGACUUCGAGAAGGCGCCGCCAGUCAAAGCCCUCAACUUCAGCACUCGUUAUCAAGAAAACGUAAACGAAGAUGAAAAGGUGAACAAGGACUUAGCGAGGGAGAACGAAUCUUAUUUAACGAAAAAGAAGAUGGAAAACAACAAAGAGACGGAUGAUGUUAGUCCAAAUGAGAUUAAUCCUUAUUCACCUAAUUUUCAUGAUUUUCUUAAUCUUCCUGUUCAUUAUUCUUCCGACAAGUAUGGCAAGGACAAAUAUCCAUUGAUAUCAAGUUCCUAUGCGAAUACAAAAGUUCAGAGUGGAUCAAAUAGUUACAGUACUUAUAAUCACAAGCCUUAUCAUGGAGAAACCGUAAUGUAUUAUCCUACCAGAAAACCGUAUAUGCCUAAGACAAGUUCGACUACAACAAUGAGAACGACUCCUAAACCAACCCCGUCGACUACAUCUAGAACUACCACCACUUCUACGACUUCUAGACCCACGACAACUUCGACGACGACGACGACGACGAUGACGACGACUAGUACUACUACUUCUACUACGACAUCUAGUCCUCCAACAUCUACUACUGUUUCCACUUCGACAAAAGCACCUGUUGUAACAACCUGGAAGCCCCCUGUCUCCACUCCCAAACGAUUUACUGAUCAUCUGGACGAUUACGACGAUAUUCUUCCAAUAGAGAAGCUUCAAUCCUCUGUGUACAGUAAUGGUCAUCAAGGACCAAAUAAUAUAGUGCAACACAAUCGAGAUCCUCAGACGAUGCCUCCUAUAAACCACGAAGAGUAUAUAGAUAGUUACGAAGAUUAUGAAAUUGGAGAUGGAGAGGAUGCGAAGGAUUAUGUCUCGAUGAAAGAGACGACCAAUGAAAUUGUAAAAGCUAGUACAGUGCCUAGCACAACGUCGACUGUUCAUAAUAUAACCACAACUGUUGGAACUCCAGAGACCACUCCCGUAACCACUACGAUAACAAGUACGCCAGUUACAUCAUCGUCUGCAAUAUAUUCUUCACCAGUGUCUCAAGAAAGUAUCUUCCACAGUAACUCGCUACCGUUCCAACCUCUUCCUUCGCGUCUAGUAACGUCUAUGCCCUUGGACAACGAACACAGAGUGCAAUCAGCGUUUGAAAAAGAUAAUCGAAAACAUGGUAUUGCGGAUAAUAUUAUCACGAACCAGGGAUAUCGUCCAAACGCAGUUAUUAAUCAGAGACCAACUGGAUUAGGUGGAGGAAUUCUGGUAGAGAGCACUAGCAAUAUAGUGAUACCACCUGAUCAGGAUACAGUAUCCUUUGUCCUUGGAAACAGACAAAACGUCGAAGGUGGAUAUUAUUCACUAGGCACUGCAAUUGGAGAGAAUCCUUAUGGCGAUUCUACUGGAAUCGAUGCUUCUUUCAGACCUUUGUAUGGUGUUUCACCAGACAAAAGCAAUUACGAUCCACAAUCAGAUUACCGAGGAACAAUCGGCCUGCCUUCAGUAUCCGUACUGGAGAAUAAUCCUACUUAUGCUGCUCAAACAUGGAGACAACCUAAUCCUAGUGGAACUCAGAAGCUGGCAAACGAGAUAGAACCUUCUAGAACACAGAAUUCAUUCGUAAAAGGCACAGUGCUUAUGGAACAGCCAGAAGAUAAAAAGGAUGAUAAGGACGUUAACUACGUGGUGUUUCCUAAAGAUGAACCUAAACAACCAGUUGAGGAACACAUCGUUGUUAUAAAUGAAGCUGAUGGUACUGUGCAUGAAAUAACACCUUCUUCCACAACGUUGAAACCUGUAAGGGUAGAUCCUCCAGUUUUAAAUGAAGAUCAUCUGCCACAACUUUCGGAGAACUUGACUCCGCCGGCUGAACGACCAAAGUCCCCACCACAGUUCUAUUAUCAUUAUCAUCACGGAGGUACGAUAAGACCGGAUCAUCCAAGACCUCAAAGAUUGCCUUUGCCACCUCGUGGGAAACAACCGCCGUCUCCUCCCCUUCCACCACCUCCUCCUCCUUCAGAACCUAUGGGAAUAAGAAGACGUCCUUAUCCUCCCGAUUCUACUUUGCCAAACAUUCUACCACAAUUCCGUCCAAAUGCUAAAACGUCUCAUGGACACCGUGGAUCAGAGGCGAUUGGAACGAUUCCAGCUGGUCAAGGCUAUCCCACCAGAGUGAGACAGCCUGUUCAGUCUCAUCCUCCAACCAGAAGACCUCUACCACCUCCACCUCCAUCUUAUCUUCAGAGAUUAAACCCUCCUCCUCCUCCAAUUCAUGCCGUUAGGCUUGCCGGCGCAGUUUCCGCGAAGGCUGAGAACAUAGUGCCUCCUCGAGACGUGGAGUCCACGGUUAAGAGGUUUCGCCUUCCGUCGAUACCAGCCACCUCCAGAGGGGAGGACGAUGUUAAACUGGCGCACCGUGCGCCCAAUCAGAAAUUGCGGUUGGAAGAGGAAGAACGGGCAGAACGUUACUCAGAGGAGCCGCCUCAGGUGCCGCCAAGACCUCCCUUAUUUCCUAAACGAAGAACUGCUGAUCCGCCACACGUAGCUACUCUUCAGAUGAUCCAACAACAUGGCGAAUACGCGGAGGAUAUUACAGAACCAAAUUUGUCCUCUAUGGAUGAAAAUACAAAUGACGAGUCGGAUAGAAUAGUAACUGAGCAGAAUGCAGAUAGGAGAAAGUUCGACAGCCAUGAACCAAUAGCUGAGCCACCAGUUUACGUAGUCUAUCCUGUGAAUACUGCUGUGAAUAUUCAUCCUGACGAUUCUAGAGAAAAAGAUGAGAGCGUAGUUGUUGGAACCAGAGGACCACAUAGACCCCUUCCUCCAGAGACAUUACUUCAAGAUAACGAAGAUCAAGAAAUGGAUGAAGAGCCAAGACCUUCUGCUCAUAACGUCUUUAAUGGACGGCCACUUGCUUCAGACUUUCCGUAUCCUCUGGAACGUCCUGACCCUUCCAUUCUUGUCAAUGGAAUGAGAGAAACGCCAUUAUUGGUGCCCAGUGAUCAGCGACAAGAAGAAGAUUCUAUGCAAGAAAAUACAGAAGAGAAGGACGAAAAAGAUUCCAGCGUGAACGUUAUACCAUACUUACAAGAUUUCGUACCUUUCCCAGCAAGGAAGAAUGAGGUUAUCUCAGCUACUCUUCAUCGUUUGCCAGCCUUGCCAUCUUCUACGCCAAUUGCUUAUGUUUAUACUCCAACAGCUCAAGUUUCUCAUCGUUUAGACAUGGAUAUGCGUGAUGAGGAUAAAUCUAAAACUGAAAAUAGUGAUCAGAAGCCCAUUCUGUUGCCUUCACAGCAACCCUCUAGUUCCUCCAGUUCUGCGCCGUCUCCACAGAACUUCAUGGCGCCGUUUGUAGCAAGUAUCAGUGCAGAAACACCUUCAAAGAACGGCUGGAGCGUUGUCGUGGUUGAACCUACCAUUAGUAGAAAAUCGGAUGACGAUUCUUCCGAGAGCACUUCGAAUGCAGAAGAGUCUCAGACAGAAAAAACUGAAUUCGAUGCUGAGAACUUCAAACCACAGCUCUUCGGUGGAUUCAAACCGAUUUACGAAUUUCCUACGCAGAACGAAGACCGGUCAGAGCGUAAAGAAUCCAGCGAGUUGGAAACAGAAGUGAGCACGCAUUUUCAAGAGUCUGCCAAUUCGACAGUUUGAUGAAAGCAUAUGUUUAUCAUGUAGAAAUAUUAAUUGAACGAAAAUAGGCUUCGUUUCGAGUAUUUCGUUAAUUACUAUUACGCUCCUCUUAGCAUUGCUGUCUUUCUCCAAAAUGAAAGAUUUGGACCAAUCUUAGUUGGGUUAUUGAAGUAAUGCUGAUUGGAACACUUGCUUUGAAAAGGGAACUAAAGAUCUCGAAACUAUGUGCACUGGUGAUUGGGACAAUUCAUUGUCUUCAUGGGGAGUUAAACUAUACAAGUCUGAAUAUUCACAUGAUCUUUGAUAAUUUUGGAUCAUUGAAUUCGAUGAGAAGGGUUGGAUGCAAUGGGGUGCAAGCGAUACAGUCCGAGUUAAAUACUAACAGUUUAGUAACAAUCUUAACUACUUCAUAUAAUGCAACAUGUUAGAAAUCAUCUUGUAGCAAAGAACAAAAUUUUAUUAAAUGUAUUUGCACCGCUUUGCAUGUAAUCCUCUUGAUUACAAUGACUACAAGGAAUCAUCUACAAUAUUUAUUUUAUUAAGAAAUUACUAUAUUUAUAUUAAUUUAUCUAUUUUAUUUAUAGACUAUACAGUAAUUUUAUAAAAUUCUAUUGUGUUAAAUUGUAGAAACCACCAUAUUUUGUACAUCUACUUCAUACAUUAUCAUAGUCAGUCUGAAUCUAUCUAACGAGUCAAUCUGAAGAAUGUAUACUACAUUACUUAUUUUCUACUUUCUCAUUGAUGAUCGCAAUUAUAUAUUAAGCAAUUAAUAUAAUAAAUUAUUCCUAAAUUA